AUUAUUCUUUUGCUACCCUUUGAGCAAGCUAGUCCACGAAGUCACCACCAGUUCGAUAUAUAUUUUUUAAAAAUGAUACAUCCUUCUAAUUUAGGAAUUCUAAAAGAGCACUAAUAAUGUAGAAAGUUAAAAAAAAAAGAAAAAAAAAAGGCCAAAACAUAAACCCACAUACUAAUUAAAACUAUUGGAGUUCUUAAUUUAGAAUUUCUAAUUUUUUUUCUAUAUUUUUCUUCCCUUUAAUUGAAAAAUAAAAAAUAAAAAAAUAGCGGCAACAGAACAGAACGCACUUUCUCGCAAAGAAAAGCCAUACUCGUGAAUUUCAGAAUUCAAUGCACCACUGUUCUCUUUUGGACUUCCACACCACAUUUCUUUAUGGGUUGUAUCGUCUAUAAAAUCUUGCACCAGAUUUCUUCAAUCUUUCCCAACACUUUCUUUGGAGUUUUUACUUGCUAUGGUAGUUCCUUCUUCUGGGCCUUUUCCAUAUCAUUCCAAUGGCUAAUAUUUAUGGCAGAUAAAGGCUAGCCCAGAAAGAGAGAGAUUGGAUUGUUCAUGUGAAGUCUUUUUUAGUUUGCUUUGAAGAAAUUGAGAAAUCAAAAAUGGGUUCUACUUGGGAACAUGUUGCAGAAGCAGCCAAUGUUGUGCAGUUGACUGGGCUAAAUGCGGUGGCAUUAAUUGGGAUGAUAGUGAAAGCUGCGAGCACUGCCAGGAUGCAGAAAAGGAACUGCAAGCAGUUCGCGCAGCAUCUGAAAUUGAUCGGGAAUUUGUUAGAGCAGCUCAAGAUACCGGAGAUGAACAAGUACCCGGAAAUGAGGGAGCCACUGGAGCAGCUUGAGGAUGCAUUGAGGAGAGCCUACGUUCUUGUGAAUAGUUGUCAAGAGCGAAGUUAUUUGUAUUUAGUUGCCAUGGGUUGGAACAUGGUGUAUCAGUUCAGGAGGGCCCAGGAAGAGGUUGAUCGCUAUUUGCAGAUUAUCCCCCUCAUUACUCUCCUUGACAAUGCCAGAGUCAGGGUAACACUGGAAUAUAUUCAGAAGGAUCAGCGUGAAUACACAUUCGAGGAUGAUGACAGAAGAGUGCAAGUUGCAAUUUUGAGUAGGGAGCCCUCAAGAAAUGACGCAAUGGUACUGAAGAAGAAUCUUUCUUGCUCUUAUCCAGACUUACCUUUUGAUGAAGCACUUAAAAAGGAGAAGGAAAAGCUGAAGGUAGAGCUACAACAAUCACAGGCUAACAUGGAUGUGGGUCAAUGUGAAGUGAUUCAACGUUUGAUUGAGGUCACAGAAAAUGUAGCAAGCUCUCCAUCAGUGAAAACUUCAAGUCUCAGAAGCUCUCAGACAGCGAAGCCCAAAUGCUCAGAGACCAAUAUUGAGAAAGGAUAUUCUUCUAAUGAGCGUGAUUUUAAGAAAAAUGAUAGCCGGGCCACUUCUAGAAUUACUUCAGUUUCCUCAGGACAUGAUUUGCUAUCUACUAGAGGAUCACGUCAGCAUGAAGAAUGGCAUUCAGAUCUACUUGGCUGUUGUUCAGAACCUUACUUGUGUUUUAAAACUUUCUUUUAUCCUUGUGGAACAUUUUCAAAAGUGGCAUCUGUGGCUACAGGAAAGCGCAUGUCUUCCACAGAUACUUGUAAUGAACUGAUGGCAUAUUCGUUGAUAUUAUCUUGUUGUUGCUACACUUGCUGCAUCAGAAGAAAGCUUCGCAAGAUGCUUAACAUCACGGGAGGCUUGUUUGACGACUUUCUCUCACAUUUGUUGUGUUGCUGCUGUGCAUUAGUCCAAGAAUGGCGGGAAGUGGAGAUUCAUGAAGCAUCUGGUUCAGAGAAAACCAAGACUAGCCCUCCACCGUCUCAAUGCAUGGAGUCCUAACCGAUGUGCCAAGGAUAGAGGGAUUGCAGUUUUGCUGUUUCAAAAAUGAAAAUCCUUUCAUGCUUCUGACUAGUUACUGCAGCUAGGGUUUCAUUUAUCUGUCGUAGAGUGGUUCCCAUGCCACAUGUUUUCUGGUCAUAUUAUGUUGUAUCAUAUUAUCUUUUUUCUCAAUAAAAUCAGUUUAGUUUGAAUUGAA